AUGGAUCGGUACCAGAGGGUGGAGAAGCCGCGGGAGGAGGUGCCCAUCAAGGAGAACGAGAUCCGCAUCACCACCCAGGGCAGGAUGCGCAACUACAUCACCUACGCCACCACCCUCUUCCAGGAUAAGGGUUGCGAUGAAGUUGUAUUCAAGGCGAUGGGAAGGGCCAUAAACAAAACUGUGAUGAUUGCAGAAUUGAUCAAGAGGAGAAUUGUGGGUCUCCAUCAAAACACUGCCACUGAAUCCACUGAUAUUACUGACACAUGGGAGCCACUGGAGGAAGGCCUACUUCCGCUUGAGACAACAAGGCAUGUGUCUAUGAUUACUAUAACUCUUUCAAAGAAGGAGCUGGACACGUCAUCUGUCGGAUAUCAAUCUCCUCUGCCUGCUGACAAGGUGAAGCCGUUUGUUGAAUAUGAGAAUGAAGAAGAUGCGCACUCACCUCCUGGGCGAGGAAGAGGCCGUGGCCGAGGCCGUGGAAGGGGAAUGGGAAGGGGUAGAGGUGCACGUGGGAAUGGAUACAUGGAGUAUGCUGAUGGUGGAUGGGAAAAUGAGCAUGCUCCUGCCUAUGCAGGCAAUGGGUAUGCUGACCAUGGUCCAGCUUAUGAGGGUAAUGGGUAUGCUCGUGGUAGAGGCCGUGGUUUCAGGGGCCGUGGCAGGAGAGGUGGCUAUGGUGGUCAGCCUGAUUAUCAGCAUGAUGGAGGGUAUUAUGAUGAGGCACCAGCGCCACCCCGAGGUGGGGGCCGUGGUUUCAGGGGUCGUGGCAGGAGAGGCGGCUAUGGUGGUGGCCAGCCUGAUUAUCAGCAAGACGGAGGUUAUUAUGAGGAGGCUCCUUUUCCUGCACCAGCUGGAGUCGUGGUAGAGGCCGUGGCCGUGGGAGAGGCGGCCCAGCUCGGGGCAGAGGGCGCGGUGGCAAUGCCAAUGGCAACAUGGUGUAUGCUGCCGCUUCGGGCGCAUAAGCAGUCCGCAGCUCGCUGCCGUCGUUAG